CUCCCAGCCUCCCUCAUCAACCAACCACACAUCUCCCCUCCCCCUUCUUCCCCCUCCAUCAUCAUCACCCCCACACCGCACGCAAACACAGAAUUCUUCAUGGGCGACGAUGCUGCGCUGCAGGAAGGUGGUUGUCCGAACGACAAGAACCUCAAGAACUUCUGGGGCAACUCCCCCGAGGACGAGGACGCCUACUUCGAGCAGCAGGGCGUCCGCGGCACCCGCUCCUUCCGCACCUCCCCGCGCGGCCUCACCCUCUUCGUCCGCUCCUGGCUGCCCCCCGCCGCCGCCCCGCCCCCGCGCGCCGCCGUCCUCAUGGUCCACGGCUACGGCAACGACGUCACCUGGACGUUCCAGGCCACCCCGAUCUUCCUCGCCCAGCACGGCUUCGCCUGCUUCGCCUUCGACCUCGAGGGCCACGGCCGCUCCGCCGGCCUCCGCGCCUUCGUCCCCGACGUCGACCUCGUCGUCGACGACGCCAUCGACUACUUCGACUCCGUCAAGAACGACCCGCGGUUCUCCGGGCUGCCCCGGUUCCUGUACGGGGAGUCGAUGGGGGGCGCGAUCUGCCUGCUGAUCCAGUUCCGGGACCCGGCGGCGUACCAGGGCGCCGUCCUGGUCGCGCCCAUGUGCAAGAUCUCGGACAAGGUCCGGCCCGCCUGGCCGAUCCCGCAGGUGCUCUCGCUGGUCGCCCGGGUCAUGCCGACGCUGCCCAUCGUCCCGACCGCCGACAUCAUGAGGAAGUCGGUCCGGGUCGAGGCCAAGAAGGCGGUCGCGGAGAUGAACCCGAUGCGGUACCGGGGGAAGCCGCGGCUCGGGACCGUGCUGGACCUGCUGCGGGUCACGGACUGCCUCAACCGGAGGCUGGGGGACGUCCGGAUCCCCUUCAUUGUGCUGCACGGGAGCGAGGACGCGGUGACCGACCCGGAGGUGAGCCAGGCGCUGUACCGGGAGGCCCAGAGCGAGGACAAGGCGAUCCGGAUCUACGACGGGAUGAUGCACUCGCUGCUGUUCGGGGAGACGGAGGAGAACAUCGCGGCCGUGCGCCACGACAUCCUGGCUUGGCUGGAGGAAAGAUGCGACCGCCGUGUCGAGAUUCAAUGAUGAUUGGAGAAUUCUCAAAGUCUUUUGUUAUUUCAAUUCCUUAUUUUGAUCGAAGGGACAAUUUGCCUUCGUGACAUUUAUAAGAAGUUUACCAGGGCAACAUUCUCUUCC